AUACUCAAUUAGUAUUCGCUGCAUUUUGCUCCGUGUCACUACUCGUGCUAAAAUAUCCACCGCACCUACUUAUUUUUGGAUACCAUUUGUCAUACUGGGAGGAUAAGACAUGAAGACCAUUAUCAUUUUGGCUGUUGUUAUUGCAUUUGCCCUGGGAGCUCCACAAGCCGUCGAUGAUUCCCGCAAUGCACAGAUUCUGCGUUACGAAACGGACAAUAUUGGCGUUGAUGGAUACAGAUAUGCUUUUGAGACCAGCGAUGGAAUUUCACGGCAGGAGGAAGCUGAACUGAAGAAUGCUGGAACAGAGAAUGAGGCCAUUUCCGUGCGUGGUUCCUACAGUUGGGUAGCCCCUGAUGGUCAGACCUACACCAUCAAUUUCAUUGCCGAUGAAAAUGGUUACCAGCCCGAAGGUGCCCAUCUGCCCAAAGCCUAAACAGCAUCAGCAUCAACGAAAUAUGCACAAAACCACCAAACAUUUCGCAUCAAUCCUCUUGCAAACGUCUGCCAUCGAGCAACAUCAUCCAAAACCAUUGAAAAGCAAAUACUCAGCAAAAAUGUCAAAGACAUAAAAUUUGCUCUCUUCGCCAUAUGCUCUGUGUGUUUAAUGUUGUAAAAACACCUAAUUGGAAAGAGUUUUACCUGGGUAAACAGAAAUAUGAACACAAGAAUUAUACUGUGACAUGAAUAAAAUAAAAAAAAAACAACAUUAGUUUAAAACAA